AGAUAACAUAUGUUUUAUAAUACUUUUCUAAACCUACAUAUUGUUGAAGGUUUCAGCUGUUAGUGUCAGGAAGCUGGCUGCACACUCCUGACAUUCUGGAAUGAUGUUCUAACUGGACAACAAUGAAUAGUUUUCAAAGGAAAGGCUGUUUCCCAGAACUAGCCUAUCCUCAGGAAACUACAUUUCUUGUGACAACAGAUGUCUUUUACAAGUUUCAUUUCUACGUUAUGUGUUCUUUUUCACCAUGUUCUCUGAGACCUCUGGAAAUCUGUGAAUAAUUCUCAACACUCAGCUGAAUGCUACCAUAAGACACAUUGUGGUGAAAAGGUCAUACAGAGGUAUACAGUGCUUCUGGUUUUUCAGCCAUCAGGAUGACAGACUCUGUUAAUUUAAGAAAUGACCUUCCAGACCUAGGAGGUCCCUUUUUGUACUGGGACAAGAAUGAACAUGAGAAAACAUCAUAUUCUGUGGAAACUCCAUAUGGUUUCCAGCUGGAUUUGGAUUUCAUGAAAUAUGUUGAUGAUAUUCAAAGUGGUCAAACCCUAAGGAAACUGCAAGCCAAUCGAAAACCGAGGAUGCCACGUCGCUCCACAUCAUCUUUAAGAAGUCUUUCUAGUCAAACAGGUGCUUGGCUUUCAACUGAAUCUUUGGACUUUAGUGAAGAUGGAACAUCAGAUUCUGUAUUCUUCACGGGUGGAAAAACAGAAACCAAUUCCUCACACACCAAAGAAACUUUGACUUCAAGAAAGUCAAACCCAUUGUCCCCAACACCCUAUUUUAAACUGUUCCCACCACCACCAGCAAAGACUGUUUUAAAGAAUUCUCGAGUUGAAAAAACACUAGAGGAGACUAGCAGGAGGCUUCAACAAGAGCAGCUAAAUCUAUACUCUGUAGAUAUAUAUGAUGGAUCUUACCAGGAUUCCAACCUUUCUAAACUUAGCAAUGCUAGCAGAAGUUCACCAAACCUUUCCCAUACAUCUUUAGCUGUGUAUCAGAACAAAAGUGCAGAAACUCAAGCUAUCUUAAAUCAAAGCUUCAUGGGGUCUGUGAAAAUAAGUCCUAUGAAUUCUGGAAGAAGUACCCCUGCUGCAAACAUUCUUCCAUCUCAUCUUCAAUAUAUUCGUGAGCAGAUGGCAGCUUCAUUAAAGCGACUGAAAGAUCUGGAAGAGCAGGUGAAGAUUAUUCCGGCAUUACAGAUGAAGAUUUCAACUCUAGAAAGAGAGAACAAGCAGCUGACUUAUGAUUUGGAGAAGCAAAACAGCAUGGAUACUAAUGGACAAACAAAUAGCGCUCAUUUUACAUCAAAUGAAAUAGACGGAAACCGGAAAGAAGAUGUUCAAUCUGAGCAGAAAAGUAAUUUGGAACCUACAGGACAUACAACAAGUCAAAUAGCAAAACUAAAAAGAUUGACAGAGAAACUUAGUGAUUCAGAUAGAAAUGUAGGGAACAAGAAAAUGACCGGCGGAAAUUCAUUUGGUCACCAGCCAGCAGUGAAAGAGAAGACUCGCAAAUCGAUUGCAGUUGGUGAAGAUGUUUGUAUGACAGACAGUGUGUUUUAUUACAGAUCGAGGCAAAAGAACAACAAUAUUGCUGUCCAAGCCUCCCCAGAAACCAAAGAUGUAGGUGAAUGGGUUAUGGAAUCUUUAUUAGGAUUAUCUUCUGAUGUAGAGAAGGAGAUACAGCUUCUUCAGCAUACAGUAGACCACCAAAGGGCAGUUAUCAGUAUGCUUGAAGACCAUGUGAAGGCUGCAGCUGAUGAACUGGAAGAGCUAAGGAUAGCCAUUGCUUGUAGGCAAGAUAAAGACAAGAUAGUUCAAGAAAAUCCAUUGGUAUCAUUCCCCGGAGUAUUUGUGCCAAAUGGCAAGGAAUUACCUGAACAUGGUCUACAAAUGUCGGACACAGAAAUAAUUUGUUCAUGCACCACUUCUUCUGAAAUUUCUGAUGUUACAGAUAAAAAUACACCUAAAGACAUUACAAAUUCCAUGGUAAAAAAUACAGCCACAAGCACUGAGGUCCAGUCAGCAAGUGAACCAAUAGGUGACGUAUGUCAUCCAAGUACUAAACAGAAAGCACCUCAAAUGUCAGAGGACCUGGUAUCAGUCAUUGAGAGUGAAGAUAUCCCAAGGUGUACAGUGUGGUACAACACAAAUGCAGACAAAGGUUUGGUAAAUACAGAAGGUGAUCCUGACACAUCUGUAGCAAAGGACAAAUAAUUCACAGUUACUCAAAACUUCCCCAAUAUGAUAGAUGGUGCAGAUUGUGAAGAUAAAGAACAUGAAUAUGUAGAAUAAAGUAGGAGAAUGAAAAUAAUAGUUAUGCUGGAUACGUAGUGUGGAAACAGAUGAACAGUAUACAUGCACAAUUGUUUGGAAUUAUUAUGUAUGAACUUUAUGUAAGACUCAACCGCAUGUCUAGAGGAAUAUGCUGACUAGCCCACAGACUUUACAGGGCAAACAGGUGCCGGAAGGGUGUAUUAAAAAGCAUAUUUGACUCCUCUAUUUGAUUCAAAUUCAGGUAGACUUUUUAAAUGGCAGUCAAUAGCAGACAUAUAUCUGUGCACACAUUUAGAAGGAUGGUUUUAAAUGGUGCCAUGAAUAGAAGCCUUAAUGUGGUGUUAUAUGAGGCUAUGAACUUGUAUAUUAGUUGAGAUAUUUAUUGAUUAUUCUGAACUCAACAGUUCUUACAAUAGAAAUAAUAUAUAUGAACAGUGGUAAAAUGCAAAGUUAUACAAACUGUAUAUAAUAGAGAAAUGACAUUAUAUGUAACACACUGAGCCAUUAAUUUACUAUAUAAACAAAAGAUAGCUCCAGGUCUCCAUAUUUUAAUACUGUAGGCUACAGGUCCCAAUUCCUGUGGAUUAAAUGGCAAUUUGUGAUAAGGCAAAAACAUAAAACUGCAUAGAAUUCCUUGAAUUUGCUAGAAUGUUUCUUCAGUAGAGUAGAAAGGAAUAUCAAAGAACCUAGAAGAUACAACCGAACCCAAACCAGAUAUAACACUUUAGUCCCACAAUGCAAAGUUGGCAUCAAAGCUGGUAAAAUCAGUUGUGUGCCUCAUACAUAUAAACAGUAUACAGUAUGUAAAGGUGCACAAUUGUACUGUUUGUAAGUAAAGUAUUUUACAUCUCUGUACUGUUCCUCUCCCGUGUGGAUCCCACAAUCCCCUUUGCAAGUUCCCACAAUCCCCCUUGCAAACGCAGAAGAGAGCAAUAUGCAGUUGAACUGGAUUUUCUAAGAUGGUCGUAACUAAAGGCAACAUGGGGGAUAAGUAAGUAUGUAUAUCUCUCAAACCAGUACAUUUUCAGAAAUGCUUUUACAUUGAAAGGAUGUUUUGUUUCACAUAAUGCAUCGAUUUAGAUUUAUUUAUCUUCAUGGUAAAACUCCUUUAAAUCUGAUGGAAUUGAUAACAUACAUAUACAGAACAUCUAUGAGGCCAACAGGAGAGCCAUGUAUUACUGGGGAACUAAAAGGACAGCUUAGAGAUUAUCAAUCACAAUUUAUAUGAUCAUAAAAUGCUAUUUGGGCACAUGGCAGGCCUCAGAAGUACUAGAGCACCAUAUAGUUUUUGUUGUGCAGAUAUGGCUGGAAUGGUUUCCAGUUCCCAUGUUGUAUUUGCAUGGCCCUGAGGUACAAAAACAGUUAAAUCCUUUUAGAAGUCACUAUGUUGUGAAAAUGAUACCCCACUAGGCCAUUAUCAAGGAAUGUAGUGAACACUGUUGUUUUCUAGAACCUUAUGUACAGCAGAUGGUGCAAAGUGAAAUGUUUGGUGCUAAAAUUAUCAAUUAUUGGCCCACUUUCAUGGCCUAUUUGAUGUUCCAUUGCUACCUUCCAAAAGCCAUAUAUGUUCAAUUUAUCAAUCAAUGUCGCUGUAUGAGGGCGUGUUUUAGCAGGACUAGUUGUAUUUUUAAUUGAAUUAUUUUCAUGCAUGGAAAAACUUUUAUAGAUUCCUUUUUUUUUGGGUGGGGGUGGGGGUGGGGGGUUUAAAAAAACAGUAAUGGG